AUGAGCCAUAGUAAGAGUAAACUACAGAUAUCAACUACAGGUCGCUUUGAGAAUCAAACUUCAAUCACAAAUGCAUCACCAGUACUCGAUCGUAGUCAAAAUAUUGAUACGCACACUCUAAUAUGGUUAGACAAAUCAUAUCCAACUGAUCGACCCACUCAUAUGAAACUACGAACAAUAAUUGAUUAUUUACUCUUAUAUGAUGACAUCGAUUCAUGCAUGAAAUACAUUAAUGGCAGUAAAGAACAAAUAUUUUUGAUUGUAUCUAGUCAAUUUGGACAAACAGUUGUAUCGAAUAUUCACAAUCUUCGUCAAUUAAAUUCAGUUUUCAUUAAAUGUGUGUGUAAUGACACAGAAACAUUAGAAAAAGCACUGGUCGACUCACUGAAAUUCUAUCUAAAACAAGAACGAGCAAUGCCCGACCUUUUCAAUCAUUCUGGUAUCGAUAUCACCACUAAUGACUUACGUGAAAAUGACUGGCUUCUUGAAUUGAUUUAUGUUCUGAUUCGACACGAACCACCUGUUGAUAGUAGAAACACGUUGAUCGCCACUCUGUCGAACUACUAUAAGGGUAAUGCAGGACAAGAAGCGGUAAUCAAAAAAUUUUCUGAUGAAUAUUCACCAGAGAAAGCUAUUUGGUGGUAUACACGAGACACAUUUAUAUAUCGUCUUUUGAAUAAAGCCUUAAGACAAAUGAACGUUGAAGGUAUAUUACCGUUUCAUUUUUUUAUUCGUGAUUUAUACAAUCAACUCGAACAAGAACAUCAAAAGUUUCAAAGUAAUAUUAAAACACCUAUCAAAGUAUAUCGCGGACAAAUUAUCACACGCAGUGAACUUGAAAGACUCAAUGAUUUAUCCCAAAUGAGUGACAACAACAACUAUAUAUCACUGACCAGCUUGAUAUCGACCACCCUCGACCAGUCUGUUGCCCUACUUUUUAUCGAAUCACGUAAAUCUAAUGAUGAAUGUGAUCUUAAAAGUGUUCUGUUCGAAAUUGACAUUGAUUUGAGAAAGAAAACACGUCCAUUUGCUGAUAUUGCCGACUGCACUCAGUUUCCUGAUGAAAAAGAAGUACUAAUGAUGCCGUGA